AUUCACAAGCUUGCUAUGAAUAGACGUCCAGGCCUUGGGUAACUAUCCUGAUGAUUCAUUGGGUAGUUAUGAUCACAUGACAGACAUUAUUGUUUACGGAUGAGGGAUUAUUGUAUUUGUAGUUUGUAGUGUUUUCCCGUCAUUUCGACAUUGCUGUAUCAACGCAGUGUACAAGAGAGCUCAUCAGUUAAACAAAUCUGCAACUUUUCUCGUACUACUUCGAAAACAUGGCAAGUGGAGGUUUCGACAUCGCUAAAGCUGGAUGGUUAUACCGCCAAUCCUCAGUACUGCGCAGAUGGAAGAAGAGCUGGUUCGUUCUUGACCGACAGGGGGACCUACGUUAUUUCGAGACCCCCGACACCCCAAGGGCUGAAGAGAGAUUGGUUGUGCGUGCAGUAGUGACCCAUAUCAAGACUGGACCUGAUUGUCGACCAGCAAACCCACCUGAAGGCGUGAGCAGUGCCAAGGCAUGUUUUCUAGAGCUUAGUCUAAGAGAGGGAUACUCCCUUCUGCUUUGUGCUGAAUCCUUUGAUGAUAUGAGAGCUUGGCAGAUAGCUAUAGAGGAUGCCAGGACGAUGUUGGCCCGCGGGCCGCCGCCCAGUGUUAUGUCCACAACGACGAUCGUGGGAGCCCCGGGAUACAUCCACUCCAACAGUCCGUACAUGGGCUACGGGUACCCCGGACAGGUCAUCUCCACCACCCCUAUGAUGGGUGCUCCACCUGCUCAAGUGAUUCACUCGCCGGCGGGCACAACUACCGUCGUCCAGGCCCCUCCUCAGCAGAUUGUGUACGUCGAUGACAACCCGUACAGAUACCGCAGACGCUACUGCAGAGGGGGAUUUUAUCCCACCCCGUUGUUCUUCUGGUGAUUGGCCAACGUUUCCCUCGCAAGAUGAAAAAAAAAAAAAAGA